AUGUCCAUAGCGUGCAUCAUCACUACCGCCGACCUCGCUCCGCUGGACACAGAGGGCUUCGAGGCUGUGAUAUUCCACACCCCGGAACAACUCUCGAGGAUGUCUGAGUGGUGUGUCGAGACGCAUGGCAACUCCGGUCUCACACAGGCAUGCCUGGUUUCGUCGACCAGUGCUGAAGAAGCUGCCACCAAGCUUCUCGCAUACAUUAAACAUUACAUCCCCGAACCAGGUCGAGCUCUUCUGGCAGGGAACAGUAUCCACGCUGACCGUGCUUUCUUGGCUAUUCCACCUUGGAACGUCAUCCUGCAACACCUCCAUUACCGACUGUUUGAUGUCUCGGCCAUGAAAGAGAUGGUACGACGCUGGGCGAGUGAUUCAGUGUUGAUGGCGGCGCCAAGGAAAGAACUCAAACAUACCGCCCGAGCAGAUGUGUUGGAGAGCAUCCAGGAGGCGCAGUAUUACAAGCGUUUGAUCGAGGGAAUGAGUCUGGGCAUACCCGUGGUUUUCCAGCCGUGCGCGCCUAGGGAUCUGGCGAAUAUGAAGUAUGGCAUGCGGAUCCUGGCCCCUGUUCCGGAGGGAGAACUGACGGAUAUCUAUGGUGAGAGGGCAAACAGGGAUGCUCGAACUGGUCUCAAUACCGACAAGGCCGUGGCUGACGACUUGGACAACUUCCCAGUUGAAAAGGCCCGUCUGCGCGUCAUGUGGUUUCCUAUGACCGCCACAAUCUGCUCCGUCGUGGCUUUCGGCUGGGCCCUCCACUACGAAAAGGUCUAUUAUAUAUACCCGUACCUGGUUGAUUCCGCGGGACAUCCUGGUGGUCCGUCGCGGCAGAUAGCGUACAAUGACAUGCUAUACCUCUGCGAGAGAUACGGCCCAUCGAAUACUUUGGAGACGUACGACCCGCGGAAGGAUAUUGGAAUCACAGGCACGCAUAUUCCCUUUGUCAUCAGUCCGUUGAAAUGA